AUGUUGAGCGUGUCGUCUCUGCCCGUUCGGAAAAACCUCAAGACCUGUGUCCGCCAUUUCACUUGGGCAUGGUACACCAUUGUGAUGGGCACUUGCGUUGUGGCUUCGCUUGUCAACCGCUUCCAUUGGGGAUCUGGGAGUGAGCCUAACAAGGUUCUUACUCUGGUUCUGUUCUUCUGCAGCCUACUAUGCUUCGUGCUUAUAUCUGCCGCAAGCGUUGCGCGUUACAUAAUAUUUCCUGAGCUCUGGUCCGCGAUGCUCCGCCAUCCCAUCCAAAGCCUCUUUAUCAGUGCGAUGCCGAUGGCAGGAUGCUCGCUAAUCAAUAUCGCACUGGUCGCGCACCAGAAGUACGGGUUUUCCAACCAUUCUCGAGCCUUUCUCUAUGCGCUGUGGGCAUUCUGGUGGCUGGAUGUGGUGAUUUCGGUCGUCAUCGCGUUUGGAAUGCUACAUGUGAUGAUGACGAAGCAAAAACACUCUCUCGAGCAGCUAUCGUGUCUUGCGAUGCUCCCGGUUCUUCCUUGGAUCGUUGCGUCAGCAACGGGCGGGUUGCUUGCGACGGCCCUGCCAACCCAGAGCACCCUCACGAUCGCGGUCUCGGCUAUACUUGGAAUUGCUGGUCUUUCUAUCGCUUUCAUGGUUAUAACAGCCUAUCUACUUCGGCUUUUACUCCAUGGCCCACCAGACACAAGCCUCAUCCUUGCUUCUUUUAUUCCUCUUGGACCCAUGGGCCAAGGCGGUUUCUCGCUGCUCCUGAUAGCCGAGUAUCUCAGUACUCGAAAUGUUGACCUCGGGCCGCUCAUCAGUCCGUCAGCAGUCGCGUCAGUAGCUUUCUGCCUUGCGUGGACACUGUGGUCGCUGGGCCUGUUCUGGCUUGGAAUGACGCUUUGCAUGAUUUACGCCUCUGUCCGUCAGAAACGCGUUCCUUACUCUAUCGGGUACUGGGGCAUGAUUUUCCCGACGGGGGUUAUGGCACUCCUUACCGUCGAAAUGGGCGAUCUGCUGAAGAGCGCAGUGAUACAAUAUAUCGGGGUGACCUUCUCCAUCGGCGUUGCUCUACUUUGGGUGUUUGUUGUCGUCAAAACAAUUCCAGCCGUUUGGAAUACGACCGCAUUCAACUCCCCUUGUGCUACGAAGCUUGACGAGGAGAAGCUGUCAACCGCGUGCUCCACGGCUGUCUGCAUGAGCACUAUCCCUCGUAUAAGUAUGGGAUCUGGGUUUUCAUAA